AUGUCUCAAUUACGAUAUAUUUUGGGUACUGGAUUUGAUCAACUUUUCGUUGAAGAUAAAUCAUUGUCAGAAGACGUCAAUAAUGAUAUUGGUUUUAUUAUUAAAAGUAAAAUUUUGGAAACUGUGUUAAAAGAGAGGUUAAAUAAAUUAAUUGAACAUGUAAAUGAACAAAAAGGAAAUCAUGAAGAAAAUGUAUUUUUGGAAAUUAUGGAUGAGACAGAGAUUAUUGAAAUUGAUUUGAAACAAGAGAAGCCUUUAGCAAUUUUGAGAAAAUCCGUUAGAAAAUUUACGAAUGAUGAAAAACAAAAACCUUUCAAUAAAAAAAGAGAUAGAAGUUUUGAAAGCAGUAAAGAAUUAAGCCAGAAUUUCAAUAAAAGGCUCAAACUUGACGAAAAAAAUAAUUUUUAUAUAAAUAAAAACAAAAUGAAAAAUUUAGAAGGAGAAUCUAUUGCAGAUCGGGAAAUUUCAUUUGAUGUGUUUUUCUGUGCUGAUAGUUAUAACGAUAAUAUUCAUAAAAAUUUUUUAGGUAAUUUUAAAAUAGAAAUUUUGAUUAUAGUAAAUUUAUAUAAAAUAAAAAUUUAA